AAGCACGCGCAGCCGCAGCCGCCAAAAUGAAGUACUAUCCCGAUGCGGACGUUUGGUUCUUUGUGGACAAGCACAGCUGCCUGAGCAGCUACCAGAAGUAUCCCAAGUGGCACAGCUGGAAGCUGGAGAAUCGCAGCGCCAGCCGCGUGAUGCACUACUGGCGCGACACGGAGGGUGUCAAGAUGCCGGAGGUGCAGCGGAAGGAUCUGUACUUUACGAACUGGCCCAAGACGCGCAUCCGGCCGCAGGCCUGCCUCGGCAUGCUCUAUGCCACGGGCUUCCGGUUCAUACGACUCAGCAAGGCACCGCCAGCGGGCUUCAAGUGUGCCCCGCUGCCCAUCAAUCUGGCCACGGCGCAAGUGGUCAAGGUAAACCUCGCCAAGAAACGCAAGGCGGACAGGAAGGCCGCCAAGAAGGCCAAGGCGGCGGCUAAGCUGGCCAAAAAGGAGGCAAAGGCCAACAAGGGCAAGAAGGGCGGCAAGGCAGGCGAUCUCAAGCCAAAGGUCAUUAAAACCUAUGAAAAUGUUGAUAAAUAAUAAA